AUGUCAGAACUAGAUUCUGAUUUUGAUGACGAUAUUGAGGAGAUUGAACUCGAGAAAGGUUCACUGCCUCCUCCUCUGCUGGAUUUGCCCAAUGAUAAAGGAGUGAUGGUAGAUGUUGAUGUAGAGAUUGAAGAUCGAGGAAUAGGUGAAGGGCCAAGCCCUGAAGCUAAAGUUGCUAUUGUUCCAAAGCCCUCGAAGCAGUGCAUGAUAACUCGUAAGCACUCUCUGGUAUGGAUUCACUUCACUACUCAUAGAGAUGCUAAAGGUGUGUUAUGGGCUGAGUGUAAGUACUGUGAUAAUUCUUAUAUGGCUGAUAGUAAAAAACAUGGGACUAGUAGUCUUCAAGCACAUUUGCAGGUUUGUAAAAAGUACUUAUCUCUGAACUAUGAUCCUGCUUAG